GUUUGGUCCGGUUGCUGUCUCCCUAUUGCCUCGAGGAAGGGCGGGCCUGUGGCCAGGAGAGGAGGAGAAGGAGGGACCUUGGAUUCGGAAAGCCUGGUAUUGGGACUAUCUGAAGUGCUGUUCUGUCUGCCUAGCCAUCCGUCUCUACCGUGUCGCCUGUCUGUGUCUGUGGGUCUUGCGCCUGAAGGCCAAUCCAACCCUAGGAGCUGGAAGAAGAGGAAAAUUGUUCAGAAACAAGUCCCCCAGUAUCUGUAGCUGCAUUAGAGCCUGCCAGCUGUAGCUGAAGACUCCUCAGCCCUCUCCCCUCCACCCCCACCCCCAAUUUGGGAGCACUCCUCUGGCCAGAGCAAACCCUUCAGACACUCGCUGCAGCAUGGGCCGAACUCGGGAAGCUGGCUGCGUGGCCGCUGGUGUGGUGAUCGGGGCUGGUGCCUGCUACUGCGUAUACAGACUGACCUGGGGAAGAGAUGAGAGCGAGAAAAUCUGGGAUGACCACGAUGACGAUGAGGAGGAGGAAUCUAGCGAUAUUGCAGAGACUGGGAAAGGAGCUAAGGCUAAUGCUGGGGUGGGGGCUGGAGCCAGACUUCAGGGUGACUCAGAGGCCAAGGCUGAGGUGGCCAUGGAACUCAAGAGUGGACCUGAUAUAAAGGCAGAGGCCCACUCGAAGGCCCAGAGCGGAGGUGGCCUAGAGGCCAAGGCCAAGGCCCUUUUCAGCACCCUGAAGGAACAGGCAAGUGCAAAGGUGGGCAAAGGGACCAGGUUGGGUACCAUCUCUGGGAUUAGGACUCUUGCACCUGGUUUACCCUGCCCAGGAAUCAGGGGUGGAGGCUGCCACCCUGUGAGGAAUGGAGCUAGGGCUGGGGGCAGGGCUAGUGGCAAGUCCAAGGGAAGGACCAGAGGUAAGAGCACCAGGACUCCAGCUACAUCAUGGCCUGUUCGAAGGGGCAAGUUCAACUUUCCCUAUAAAAUUGAUGAUAUUCUGGGUGCUACUGACCUUCAAAAGGUCCUUAACAUCCUAGAAAGAUCUAAUGAUCCUUUUAUUCAAGAAGUAGCCUUGGUCACUCUGGGAAACAAUGCAGCGUACUCAUUUAACCAAAAUGCCAUUCGUGAAUUGGGGGGUCUCCCAAUUAUUGCAAAAUUGAUAAAAACGAAAGAUCCCAUUAUUAGGGAAAAGGCGUACAAUGCUCUUAAUAACUUGAGUGUGAAUGCGGAAAAUCAGGGCAAGAUUAAGACAUAUAUCAGUCAAGUGUGCGAUGACACCAUGAUCUGUCGUUUGGACUCAGCUGUGCAGAUGGCUGGUCUAAGGCUGUUAACUAAUAUGACUGUGACUAAUCAUUACCAACAUUUGCUUUCCUAUUCUUUUCCAGACUUUUUUGCUUUGUUAUUCCUGGGAAAUUACUUCACCAAGAUUCAGAUUAUGAAACUAAUCAUAAACUUUACUGAAAAUCCAGCCAUGACAAGAGAGCUGGUCAGUUGUAAAGUACCAUCAGAAUUGAUUUCCCUCUUUAAUAAAGAAUGGGACAGAGAGAUUCUUCUUAAUAUCCUUACCUUAUUUGAGAAUAUAAAUGACAACAUAAAAAAUGAAGGGCUUGCCUCAUCCAGAAAAGAAUUCAGCAGAAGUUCACUUUUUUUCUUAUUCAAAGAAUCUGGAGUGUGUGUUAAGAAAAUCAAAGCAUUAGCAAAUCACAGUGAUCUGGUGGUGAAAGUAAAAGUCCUGAAAGUAUUGACCAAACUCUAAUUGGGGAUCUGUCCCAAACAAUAUUGAGGUAAUAUUUUUAGUUUGCACUUGGGAACAAUGCAUUUUGUAAAUUCUUUGUUUUUCACUGUGCUUAUAUGGCAAAGAGAGCCUUUCAGCUGCUAUUUUGGAAUAAUGAAUAUCAUACCAUCAACAGUGAUGCUGGUUGUGAUGGCUGGGUUUAGGCUAGACCAUUUUAAGGAUCUCAAAUGAAUACUAGAGCUUGUACAAAGAAAGCAUUCCAUCUUGCUACCUAGAUUGAGAUAUUUUUACUCUUUCUUCUACUUAAACUGACAGAGAACUAAUCACGAAUAAGCUAUACUUUUGUAUUGGUUUACAUUUGUUAAUCUUGUGUUUCAUCAAUAAAGUUGUGUUUUAACCAGCAAAAAAA